CUACAUCUCCACCAAACUCAGAGGGACAGAGGCUGAGUUCCAGUAAUGGAGGGGGCCAGGCUUGCAGAGGAAGGGGAGGAGGAGAAGGCAGGUCUCUCUCUGUCUGCCAGCUCUCUCUAUACGUCCUUUAAGCUGAGCCCCUGGAUUUUAGUCACUCGUGUUUAGGCAGAGCCAGCACCUCCUGGACAGACUGGGACCAAGCUUCUCUCCUUGCUGCUAAAACCCCCUGGACAUGCCCAGAUACGAGCUGUCUCUGAUCCUGAAGGCCAUGCAGAGGGUGAGUGCCAUUGUCACACCGCUUCCUUCUCUUCUCUUACAGAAAACGUGCUUCCUCCUGAUUGGAACAUAUAAGGUCACUUACCUAACACAGGGACAGGGUGACCAGACCCACAGGGUGUCUGUUAGAGGUCCCUAAAGGUAAGUGGGAUGCCAGCUGCCAGUGGGUGAUUGUUAGCCCCCUGCCAGUGGUGAGGCUGGCAUUUAGGCUAUAUUGCGCAGUCCCAAUUCCCAGCUUCCAAUGCAUGCUUCACUCCUGUGUUGUCUGUCUUUGUCUAUAGUGUAUUUCUUUUUUAUUUUAUUUUUAUUUAUUCUUAACGUGUUAGCUGUGUGUUUGGAUGUUUGUAUUUUUGGAUGUGUGGAUGCAAUGAGUGCCUUUGUACGCACAUCACAUCACAACAUGUGGGAGUACACAAAAACAUAAAUAUAUACCCAUCAUCUGUGUUUUGUUAGUGGAGUUGUAGUUUUUUGGCAUCUAUCAAUUCCUGUAAUAGUAUAUUAGUAUUUUUUUUUUUUUAAAUAAAAACAUUUUUUAGCACAAUUUUUUUUUUUUUUUUUUGAGAUUCCCUAUUAACGCGUACUAUAUAGAUAAUAUAAAAAUGUACUAUGUAUCGUAAUGUCAAGCUACACCUGUGUGACAGCUACAACAGGUUGUUGUGUUUCUGUACUCUGCACGUUCUGUCUUAGAAUGUCAGAGUAUCACACAGAAUGGAUACACAUCUCAGCUGACCUUUAGUGACUGUGCAGCUGUCAUCAGAUCUGUCUGGAUGGCAAAUACACACACACGUUUAGAUCUUUCUGGUUCUAUGUAAAUGCUUUCUGUUCUGCUUAUUUCUGCUUGUGGUGUUUGAGAAUGAAUGGAGCCUGCAAGUGCCAAGUUUUGGAGUCAUUUCAUGUUAAAGGCGUGCUGCAGGUUUAACCCUUGGUUUACCAGAAAAACCCUCAAUCCUUCUGUGUAACUCUUUUUGGUUACAGUGUGUUCCAUUACUGUGCUUGCUUCCUGUUGUGAUUGUAUGUAGGAAAGAAACACAAUGUGUGGUGGAAAAUGAAGACAGUGCAUGUAAAUAACUGCAAUCAAACAGUCUGUACCUUCCCCUCUCUGUCUGUUCCAGUCCACCUUGGGAGCUGUUUGUUUCUCAUAAAACUUUACUAUCCCAGAGUAGUUUAAAAAUAUUCUAACCACGUUGAUUACUGAUGAUCACAUGGUCUGAAUUAUUGAUUUUUGCAGAGGAGUCUAAGAAUGUCUCAGAUUAGAUGUUUGCCUGUAAUAAUCAUUGCUGAGCAAGUCACCCUCUAUCUACAGCGAUCAUUUAUAGAUUUUAUUCGCAAAACAUCUUAUUAACUGACUGGCAAUAUUUUGGCUAAAACGGAGCUACUCUUUAGUAUAUUUACAUUUACUACACUAAUUAUUAGUCCCCCCUCCCCUGAACACUGUAUUGGUGAAUAGAUGACCAAACUGCUAAAUGUAGGCCUAGAUUAGCCUAAACCUUUUUUAUUUAUUUAAUUAAUAAUUCCCUGUGGCAUUUUGUCUUGUGUUGGUGUUUGAGGAGACUGAAGACUUGUAGAGACUGAAAAAUAAAAAUACAGGCAACAACAGAGACAAGAUAAUGCCAUUUUAUUUAUGGUGAACGGCUGGCUGAGAGUGGUAUGAUUUGAAAUCUAACAGCUCCUGGAGAUCUGUACGAUUACUCACUCCUGGCCUAAACAAAGUAUGACUUGAUCAUAACACAUAGGGACUUUUUUCGAGUUAUUACGUGUUUGUUCUUUUUGAGAGGGCAAUAUACCUAAUGCUUUGUCCUUUUAAUUUACUUUUUAUUCUUCUAUAUUUCAUUAACCUCUUAAGGAUCAAGUCCUUUUUUUUUUUUUUCUUUUUUUUUUUAGAUGCAACGUAUUUAUAACCAUGGCUGUUUAUUCUACCACAAUUUCACCCUUUCUGUUUAACCCCUUAAGGACCAAACUUCUGGAGUAAAAGGGAAUCAUGACAUGUCAUGUAUCCUUAAGGGGUUAAGAGCAGCCACACAUAUUCUUAUAUAAAUAUAAGGAGAUAAAAUUCUUUAUUUUGAUAGCCUGUAUGUAUACAUAACUCAAUCUUAAGGACACAUGUUGGAAAUAUUCCGUCAUGAUUCCGUUUUAUUCCAGAAGUUGUCCUUAAGGGGUUAAAUAGGAAUAACAUAAAAAAAAAUAAACACAUUGUUCCAAGUUUUACAUUUAAUAAUUUCUACACACCAAGUGCAACUAAACAAAACUACUCAAAAUAUUUUCAUUAAUUAGCCCUGAUUGUCGUUAUUCCCCAUAUGUCUAGGAUUUUAGUUAAUUUAUGGAAGUUGUAAAACAAAUCUUGCAAGAAGUGAAUUACAGUUUUAAAGCUAAAACUUUGCAAAACUUGGCAUGCGAAGAUAUCAGAUAUUUGUAUUCUGCUACUGUUCACAGUUUACAUGAUAGCCCACGUAUAUACAUUUUCUCUGAUACUACCUGUAAUUCUUCCUCUAAAACAUCUCCUUAUUACACCUCAGAUUGAUACCCUCUACUGACAUUAGCAGAGGGAUUUCCCAGCUCAAACAGUACAGAGCUCACUGUGUGACUGCAACGUGUAAGGAAGAGCUCCCUCUCAUACUGCAGCUCCUCUACACAGGGAUUGGUGCUGGGCAGCUGGCAAAGCCCAGUACCAAUCCAGGAGCAGGGACAAGUAGGAAGAUCUUUCCAGGGUCUUUUCAGACCCUUGGGUAGUCCCUCACAAUAGGGAGUGACAAUGGAUAAAGGGACACUCCAGUGCCCAAAUGAGACAUAAAUUAAAAAUCAUUGAUCAGUAGAUUUAUCCCCAAUGAAAACAUGUAUACAUUUAAAUUUCUAAAACCAGCUUGCAAAACAUGCAGAUCUCUUGUCUGCAGCCUUUGCAAGCCCUCCCCUUCUAACCCCGCCCAGACUGUCUGUGGCUGUCCAAUAACAGACUUCCCAAUGCAGCUCAAUGACAAGUCUUUGCAAGGCAGAUACUCUGGGCAUUUGCUGCCUCUUGAGUUUAGUUCCACUGAGCUGACCAAACCAGAAAGUAACAGGGCAUGUUGUCUGCUUGAAAACCAGGGGGGUUAAUUUAUAAAAGUGUACAUUUCUAUAGAAAUAUGCACGAUUUGCAAAAUGAAAAAAGAGUACAUAGUCAUCACAAAGUUUUUUAGCAAGCUAAAGUGAUUUAUGGGUCUGGAGUGUCUCUUUAAAUGAAUUUAAAGAGACACGUGCAGCACUCAUUUUUGACCUCGUCAGUCUGUGGCCAAUAAAUGUGGGCCCAACCGACAGAGGGGAUCCCCAGGUAUCUUUUUGCCCCUUUUCUAAUGCAGCAGGCUGGGGUCAGACUCAGAGACAAAUACUGCUAUCAGCUUUGCAAAAAGGUUCCACUCAUCAUGUGGGACUGAGGAAUAAAAUAUGAAUUCCCGAAAAACCUCAGCAGUUUGAGAUCAGCUCCCUAGUCUAGAAUGAAUGGCUCCAUAUUGGUGGAGCCUUUUCCUGGUGAGGGAGAAGGCUGCCGACGUGGAGUUUAGCCCUGGAUGUGUGGAUUUAUCACACCAUUUUUAUAAAACUUGGGAAAAUUGUAUUGUAAAAGUAUUUCAUAAAGAUUUUAUCUUUAUCAAAUACUCACAUUGGCUGGGUUAAAAUUUCACUGAAAUUCCAACACGGUUGAAAGAUAUCAUAAGAUAUCAUAAGUAGGGACUGCUAGUAUAUUCCUAUGCAUGACAAAAGGUGGCACAGUCAAGUUUUUGUAAUUUUCCCCAGAAAAAGGCUUUAUUCGUAGAGACAUUGCAGGCAAAUGGUGAAUUUAUGGAAAAAAGGUAACUUUAUUAUUUAAAAAAGCAAAACCCACAGCAUAUCUUUCUGUACCACACGUGUGUAUGUGUAUAAAAUCAACUUGUGAACUUCCGCUAUUUGUUGUAUUGGGCUUUGUCUAAAUUCAGACAUCUGAGACGUACCCGCCAAUACUGUGAUAUUUUAUUGGGUACUCGGCAGUUCCAUCUGAAACUGUCAAUGGGACUACUGUUUAGAGUUAGAUAGAAAGUAUCUCACUAUUGGCUUAGCCAUGUUCCACAGUAUUAACCUCUUCACAACAAGUUAUGCUGGGUCUCCAGGUGAGGGCAAUGUUAUUGUUAAGUAAUAAUGCGGACUCGGUCGUCUGCAUGAAAAAUGCCAUAGAUGUGCAUGUACAUUCAGUCCCUCCUUCCAUAGUACCAUGCGUGUGCUGUUAGGGUGCCUGUGUGCCCAGGACUACAGAGGUUAAAGUAAUAUAAAAAUAACCCUAACAGCUGUUCUUUGUUUGUUGGUUGCCCACAAUUUCUGCCAUUUUCUGCCACUGUACAAACUUAGUGAUUGUUCUUAAAAAGCCAUGUCCUCAGUCUGGCAGGACGCCCCCAUUUACUUCCUGGGAGGUAAAAUCUAAUAAAAUAUUGGCUCCUGUUUUCCAAUAAUUUACCUCUGCAGGAGUAACACCUAAUCCUUUCUUUGUGUACAUUUUAUUUUUCAUUUGCUUUCUUAAUAAAAUGUUGAAAAGAGGACUUACUUAGUAAGUACAGAUUACAGGGCUUUUAAAAAAAAAAAAAAAAAAAGUUUUUAUUUUGCAGAUUUUCGAGCAUUCCUUACGACUGAACGAGAACUUUUAUCAGUGAAUGCUUUCACUUGGCUAGUCUGUAGAUCUUUCUUACAUUGUGAGAAACAAGCUCCUUACGGGUUAUAUAAAAUCCAAAUGUUAUACAACAUGAAAUUAGGCUAAUGGGAGUCUGGACAAUACACUGAUCCAGUGAGUCCAAUAAGCUAUAUCUGGGUCCAGACACGUGCACCCCACAGAAGCCUAUUUAAGGGCAGCUAGUUCUCUUUUUUUUAAAAUGAUUUAAAGGAAAAACGUGCUAUUCUGGGCAAAUUGUCCAAUGGAGAAAUUCUAUUGAGUUCCAUGGUAAUUGCUUCUGAAUUAGCACCCUCAGAAUAGGAAAUGUUUGCAUAUUUAUUUAAAGGCACAGUCAAAGCACCAGAACAUCUUUCGCUUAAAGCAGCACUUUCACCCCCCCCUCUGGAAAAUGAGUAUUUCAUAAAGAUAGAAAUAUUAAAUACUCAUUAUGACUGUGUUGAAAUUUCACUGAAAUUCCAACCCAGGCAAGAGAAAUACAGAGACUAAGUAGGGACUGCUUUUGUCUUUGUGUUUCUCCUCCACCUGACUUUCUUAGACUCGGUGCAGAGCUGCAGUCAAUCCUGACAGUAGCACCAGUGACGGCUGCAGGGAAUUGGCUUUGUCUGUGGUUGGAUUCUCCAUAAACCUUAAUGUAAUAGAGCAGCAGGCAAUGCUAGCAGAAUGCUUGGUAGUAUAGGGAGAGGUAUUAGCAGUAGAAAGAGGGAAGUGCUCAUGCCAUUGUACAGAACACUGGUGAGACCUCACUUGGAGUAUUGUACGCAGUACUGGAGACCGUAUCUUCAGAAGGAUAUUGAUACCUUAGAGAGGGUUCAGAGAAGGGCUACUAAACUGGUUCAUGGAUUGCAGGACAAAACUUACCAGGAAAGGUUAAAGGAUCUUAACAUGUAUAGCUUGGAGGAAAGACGAGACGGGGGAAUAUGAUAGAAACAUUUAAGUACAUAAAGAGAAUCAACACAGUAAAGGAGGAGACUAUAUUUAAAAGAAGAAAAGCUACCACAACAAGAGGACAUAGUCUUAAAUUAGAGGGGCAAAGGUUUAAAAAUAAUAUCAGGAAGUAUUACUUUACUGAGAGGGUAGUGGAUGCAUGGAAUAGGCUUCCAGCUGAAGUGGUAGAGGUUAACACAGUGGAGGAGUUUAAGCAUGCGUGGGAUAGGCAUAAGGCUAUCUUAGCUAUAAGAUAAGGCCAGAAACUAAUUAAAAGUAUUUCAAAUAUUGGGCAGACUUGAUGGGCCGAAUGGUUUUUAUCUGCCAUCACAUUCUAUGUUUCUAUGCUGUACUGUUGCGCUGGGCUGGAAUGGUCCACCGGGAUACCGGGAAAUUUCCUGGUGGGCCGUGGGCACCUGGGGCCGGGCUGACAGCUGGGUGUGCUGGCGGCCGAAGGGGGAGCUGUGCUGUCUCUGUCUCUCCCUGCGGCCUCCAGCACACUCAGCUGUCUGCCCUGACCCCCUGACCGGUCGCCCGCAGGUAGCAAUAAUGUGUGUGUGUGUGUGUGUGUGUUUUUACUCGCUAUAUUUUUUUAUUUUUUAUUUUUUUUUACGCCGUGCUGGUCUCCCCUCAACUGAUGAUGAUGGCUUGAUGAUCUCAGCCAAUCCAAUGCUUUUCCAUAGGAUUGGCUGCAAAACGCUACACCAAUCAGCAUCUCCUCAUAGAGAUGCAUUGAAUCAAUUUAUCUGUAUGGGGAACGUUCAGCGCCUCCAGAGCGUGGAGGCCCUAAAUGUAGGUGCUGCACAUUGUGCAGCACUGACACAGGAAGCACCUCUAGUGACUGUCAUUAGCGGUGUCACUAGGAAGCAAUGUAAACACUGCCUGUUUACAUUGAAAAGCCUGCAGGGACAGGCUAUAGACACCAGAACCACUACGUGUGUGUGUGUGUGUGUGUGUGUGUGUGUGUGUGCCUGCUAGUGAGUGAGCUUUUGUUUUUAUGUCAAUGAGCUUAUGUAUAUCAGUGAGAUUGUCUGUCUGUGUCUGCAUGUGAGUAUGCUUACUAUAUAAGUAAACGUUUUUACUCUGAAAGGACCAAUAUUUUAUAUUAGAAAAAGAUAUAUAUAUAUAUAUAUAUAUAUAUAUAUAUAUAUAAUCUAAUUAAUUAAUUACCCUGUUAUCUGGGGUGGCAAGACAUAACGACAAUAUAUGGCACAAUGACUUAUGUGGCUGGCAUAGAUUUUUUUUUGCCAUAGGUUCAAUGCCACAAUCUAAAACAUGAUCUAUAAAAUGUGUUGUGAAAACCUCCAGGUACACAUGCACCCAUUUCACAUACUCCUUUUUUUUUUUUUUUUUUCUUUUUUUUUCUUUCAAUGUUGCUGUGAUACAGGUGACAUAUUUGACAAAUAACUGGAAUUACAAAGUCUGAUAUAGUUACAUAUAGCUCUGUUAAUUAUGCGAUGCAUUUCACCCCCAAAUAUACCAGUCUACAAUGGUGGAAAAUGAUCUCCAGGUCUGCCAUUCCAGUCUUCAAGGCACCAAUGGUCUAUGGCUUUUCAGUAUCUUGAUUGGAACAGAAUUGGAAAUAGAUACAUCCUCAACUAUUGGUGUGAAUGAAGACUGGUUUGGGAACCACCAUAGAGCUUGGCUCUAACGUAAGAAGUGGUGCGAAGUAAGAAGUGGUAAAUAAUGUAUCUGUUAUAUCCAUACUAUGUUGAACAUUGUGUAUAAAAUGAUUAUGUCCAUACUAUCACAGUUUAACCUAUCAUUAUCAAGUUAUUUGCAAAUGACCACCAGUGUUUUUAUUUUCUUUAUUUAUAUUCUGUAAAAGUAAUAUGUACACUUAUUUUUUAAGUCAGUAUGCAUAACCUAUUAUUUCAUGACAAAAGCACAAUAUCCUUGUUUAGUGGAGAAGGGAAAAACCACAGGUGCACAAGUGUUGUUAGCGAUUGCCUUUAGCAGAUAAAGUCUAAGAUCCUGUUAGUUGACAUAAUAGUAGAGCUUUUAUGCUUUUACAUUGGGGGGGCUGCUGAUAAAAGCAGCUGCCAUAUAUAAAAUGAAAAAAGCCAUAACGUUUGCUAGGCUACAAGAGUGGAGAGAACUGUCCCUCUCUUCACGUGACCGUGAGGAGGGACCGUGAGGAGGGAGCCGAUGCGUUUAGGAUUAAGCUGCUCUCCUCCUUUACAUGGAUAACAAUCUGAGUGAAUCAUCGUCUGGUAAUCAUUUGAUUGGAGGAGAUCACAGCUGAUAUGAGAUUGGAUGCUGACAUCACUGGAGGAGUGUCUGGAGGCUGCAGGUUUUUAUUGAACUUAAUUGUAUUGAGCAAAUUGAGGGUGGACAGAAGGCAAUUUAUAGUCCCGAAAAAAUAAUUUAUUUUCGGGACUAUAUGUUCCCUUUAAGGCUGGUUGGUGACUAGGGAUGCUGCAUUGAUGGAAGGGUCAACUUAAAGGCCAAAGUCCCAGGUGAUAUUUGAAAUUGUUCCUGGGAAAAAUCCUCAGACAAGUCACAGAAUAAUAGAGUUAUGGAUCAGAACACCAAAUCAAUUUAUUUCAAGUUUUUAAGAUGGUGAGAAAUGGUGUGUGGGUGUAUGGCUGUAUAUCUAUUCUGUAUACAUGCAACGAGGUUAAAUAUUUAAGAAUAUAAAAUUCAAAGGAGGUUUAGAUGUAUGAACUAAUUUGCACAUGGUGUUUGAGAAAGGUAUGUAUGCAUUGAAGGAGCUAAUGUUCUUUUUCAUGUGAUGUCCACAUACCUUUAUGUUCCUAUUCUGUUCUGUUUUAAUGUCUCGGCUGAUCUGUUUGUAUUGUGCUGCUUUGCAUACCCCUCCUUACUCUAUUGCAUUUCAAAGUCCGGCUGUGCUGUGGCAUUUGUGUUUUUACUCCUGUUAUCCCAAUCAUCCUAAAGUUCACUGUCAUCUUCAGAAAGCUGAUUUAGGACAGUUGGACCAUGUAUCACCUGUAGGGAAUUAAUGUAGGAUUGUUUUGAUGGAAAUGUAAAACUGUAUUUAGAUUAAUGCCUGCCAGCAUUGUUGCACGACAGAUUACGUACUUGUUCAAGUUACCAAUCUGCUUUAAAGGGACACUCAAGGCUGCACUUCUGUUUUUAUGCAUUAUAGAAGAAUUGCAAACCAUUAAUAAUAAAAAGUAACUCCCUUUAUUGAAGGUUUGUUAUUGAAGACCAGGAAGUUGCUGUUGUGUGUCAGCCAAUCAUGGUCCUCUCAUUGUUUUUAAUUGUCUGUUGAGAGUUUUACAGUGUGAUGAAUCUGUCCCUGUGGUAUUAUUCAUUUAAAAAAAAAAAAAACAUUAAUGAAACUACUGUACUUGUCUAGUUAUGCAAAGACACUGGGGUUCUUUCAGAUCAGUGAAAAUCAUUGCACUUUGUCAUUCAGGGGAAAACAUUUAAAUGUCCAUUGCAUUCUGUAAUAUAAUCUGUUACUACAAUGUCAUAACGUUUUAUGAUUUAAAGUGAUAUGUAGCUUCUGAAAAAAAAAAUUUUUGUGUUUGUUUUUUUUACAUGAAUAAUGUCCACAAUUGUGUAUAUUUUUGUUGUAUUAUUAUUUAUUAAGCGGGGUCCAUGUAUAUCGCGAUAAACUUACCAGGUAUUGUUAAAUGAUAGCAAGCCCUGCGUAUGAUUGCCACCCACGUUGUUGCGUUUUCCAGUGUCAUUCUCCUCGCCAUGGAUACCUUCUCUAAUUGUAUCUUUUGUCUUUUGUUUUUUGCUCCCUUGCAGGGUCCCUUACUAUAGACCGCACUACAUGGUUAAAAAAAAUAAAAAAAUAAAUAAAUAAAAGCCGAAUGCCUUGGAGUGUGUCGAUGUAAAAUAUUACAUUUUUAAAGUGCAUGCUAAGCACCGGGAUAUAGCUGGGACUGACAUCAAGCGAGCAAACCAAAGGAAAAAAACAAAAACCCUUUAAGCCUCUUUACACUGUUGUAUACUAAGACGUGAGGUUUUAUAAGGAUUAUAAAAACUUGAGCUCCCUACAUCCCCUAAUCAUGAGAGCUUCAUUGGAAGCCGCGGAUAUUGCCAUCGUGGCAUUGUACUUUGUGCUGGUUUUAUGCUUUGGAUUCUUUGCCAUGUGGAAAUCAAACAGAAGUACCGUGAGUGGAUACUUUCUGGCAGGUCGCUCCAUGACCUGGGCUGCUGUUGGUGCCUCACUAUUUGUAAGCAAUAUUGGUAGCGAACAUUUUAUUGGACUGUCCGGAUCGGGAGCAGCAAGUGGAUUUGCAGUGGGUGCAUGGGAGUUAAAUGCCUUGUUGCUCUUGCAACUCCUUGGAUGGGUCUUCAUUCCAGUAUAUAUACGCUCUGGAGUAUAUACUAUGCCUGAGUAUUUGUCAAGACGUUUUGGAGGACAUAGAAUCCAAGUCUACUUUGCAGUAUUAUCUUUAAUUUUGUACAUUUUUACCAAACUCUCAGUGGACUUAUAUUCUGGGGCCUUGUUUAUUCAAGAAUCUCUUGGAUGGAAUCUUUACUUGUCUGUGAUUUUGCUCAUUGGAAUGACCGCUCUCCUCACUGUCACAGGUGGACUUGUGGCUGUUAUUUAUACAGAUACUCUCCAAGCUUUGCUCAUGAUUAUCGGAGCCCUUACUCUAACCAUCAUCAGCUUUGUACAAAUUGGUGGAUUUGAGGAAGUCAAAAGGAGAUACAUGUUGGCAACCCCAAACAUUACAUCCAUAUUACUGACCCAUAACUUUACCAGUACAAACUCAUGCCAUGUUUCACCAAAGCCAGAUUCCCUCAGGAUGCUGCGUGAAGCGAACGACGAAGACGUUCCUUGGCCCGGGUUUAUCCUGGGCCAGACUCCUGCCUCUGUGUGGUAUUGGUGUGCCGACCAAGUCAUUGUGCAAAGGGUGUUGGCUGCAAAGAACAUAUCACAUGCCAAAGGAGCAACUCUCAUGGCCGGUUUCCUGAAGAUCUUGCCAUUGUUCAUAAUAGUCAUUCCUGGGAUGAUUUCGAGAAUACUGUUUGUCGAUGAUAUUGCAUGUAUAAAUCCAGAGCACUGUAUGGAAGUUUGUGGGAGCAGAGCAGGUUGCUCAAACAUUGCUUAUCCACGUUUGGUGAUGAAAGUCUUGCCUGUUGGUUUGCGAGGGCUGAUGAUGGCCGUAAUGAUUGCAGCACUGAUGAGUGAUUUAGACUCCAUAUUCAACAGCGCAAGUACCAUCUUUACACUUGAUAUAUACAAAUUUAUGCGAAAGACUGCAACUUCUCGAGAACUCAUGCUGGUUGGGAGGGUUUUUGUGGCUUUUAUGGUAGUUAUCAGCAUUGCUUGGGUGCCAAUCAUUAUAGAAAUGCAAGGAGGGCAAAUGUACCUGUACAUUCAAGAGGUGGCCGACUAUCUGACUCCUCCAGUAGCUGCUUUGUUUCUUUUGGGUGUAUUUUGGAAACGAUGCAAUGAGCAAGGAGCAUUCUAUGGUGGAAUGGUGGGUUUUGUUCUGGGAGUUUCACGUUUAAUUUUGGCAUUUGUUUAUCGCGUCCCUGAGUGCGAUCAACCAGACAACAGACCAAGCUUCAUUAAAAAUAUUCACUACAUGUACAUUGCCACUGCAUUGUUCUGGAUUACUGGAAUAAUUGCUGUUGUUGUUAGCCUCCUGACAUCCCCUCCAAAGAAAGAGCAAAUUAGGACCACUACAUUUUGGGCACUUAAAAACAAAACGGUCAAAGAAGUAACCCACAAAGAGGAAUCCUACAAGGAACAAGAGAAAACAAUUGUACAUUGCACUGAUAAUGAUAUAAAACAAGUAAUUCCCAACGGGAAGUCAGAUGACCACAUUAAAAAUAUCCAAACGGAGGACAUUACUCUUCUGAUGACUUACAAAGAUGACAAUAACCCUCUGAGCCCAUUAAGUGUCUCUGAAGCAGAGACACCGGUGGAUUGCUAUUCCAAUGGACAAGCAGCUCUCAUGGGUCAAACUCCAAAAGAGGGGAUUGCCAAGGACAAGAACAAAUGCUCCACAUUUUUUGACUGGUUCUGUGGCUAUAAAAGCGAGACUGGUGACAAAAAAACUUUAAAAGAAGAGGUGGAGGAUGAAGCAGUUUGUUUAAAAAUGUUGGAAGAGACUCCCCUUGUUAAAAUAAUUCUCAACACUGGAUUGGUCUGUGUAUGUUCUGUGGGGAUAUUCAUGUUUGUUUAUUUUUCAUUAUAAAUGUAAAAUCUGCCUUCUACAGGAGUAGACAAUAUCUUGACUAUUACAAAAGCAAGGCCUUUAAGACUAUGAUAAUUUUCUUUGACUUUUCAAUCUUUCAAGGCAUUGUUUACUUGUUUUAUUUUUAUUUGUUUUUGUUUUUAACCAACGUAAAUAGAAAGCACUUAGAAGGGGGAGAAGGGUUUCUCCCAAAAAAAUUUGUCCUAGUAUUUCUACCAAAUAUGUAAUUUAUUAUUGAAAAUGGAGUGUUUACUGGGAGGCAUUGAAAUGUGUCAAAGUAGGGUUUUCCUUAUUUGGUCCAAGUGGAAAGUGCUGUGGCACAAUAAAUUAUUAAACCUAAUUUCUUUUAUUUCUUUUUCUUUAAAAUUUUGAUGUUGCCUUAAUACCCAAUCUUCACUUUCGUAGUAAUAUCCGUAAAACCAAAAUCAAGCUUGCUUAGAAUCAUCGAAAUUUCACAUGGUGGAACUUUUUUGUAUGUAAUGCUUUUUAUUUUCUUUUUUUUUUUCUAAUGUUUUUCUGGAUUUCAAACACCAUGCAGAAAUUAAUUUGUUACACUAAAGGAAAACAAAACUACCAGCACUUGGUAACGAAUAUGGCAAUUGAAAUGAAAAAAAUAGAAUAUCCUUUCAUCUAAAGUAUAGAAAUCACUGUUCUAACAAUAUACUGUGCCUGUAAAUGUGUCCGCUCCAAUGAACUUGCAAUCUAAUUUGCGCUGAGAUGAGGUGACUUUUUAUACAUGACUAGGGAAUGUUCGUCCUUAAAAUAGGUUUAACUCUAAGCCGUAGCUACCCCUUCAGGCUCAUGCUUCAAAUUGAGAACAAAUGCACACGUGGGAUUUUGAGAGUGGACCUGUCACCCACCCAACUAAUAGUGGAAUCUAAAUAUACUUAAUCUUGGCACUACAGAGCUUUGUGAACUGUUUUUUAAAUUUUCGGUCAUCAUGGGAAGUUUAGCUCAGUUUAGCUGCAGGAUCGAGAAUAUUUAUCACUGAUUUAAUCAUUGUAGUUUGAUAGUACACAAAGUUUAAUGACAGGUGGCAAAAAAUGUCUAAUGACGUUCCCAAGCUAUAGUGUUUACUUCUAGAGCUGUGAGACUCAAAACGCAAUGACCUUCAAUAAAGUCAAUUUUAAAAUUGCCAAAAUAGAUGAACGGAAAGCAUCCUUAAAUCAAAAGGAUUUUUUAUUCCUAACACUAUAGUGCUCCUGUCACUAGCUGUAUUUAGGUACCUGCUCACCUCUUCCACCUCCUACAACGUCAUUGAGGAAGCAAGGUUUCCUCGGCGAUCCAAUCCAAGGAUCCUCCUAGAGGAGCAUUGGGGACCUAAUGCACGUGCCCAAGUAUUGAAUGCAUUCCUAUGGGCUUUUGUGUUUCUCGGUUAGUACAGCGGAAGCUCCUCUAGUGGCGGUCAGUGUGAUGGCCAUUAGGGGUGGAUUUAACCCUACAAUGUCACCAUUGAACUUUGUAAAACUUGCAUGUUGAAAAGGACAUGGCGACUGCAUCCAGUGUUCUUCAUUGAGGUUUAGUGGUCUAGGUGACUAUUGUGUCCCUUUAACUAUGUCCGAAAAAGAUAAACUGCAAGAGUUUUUGGAACCAUUUUGUAAAGUCUGCGCAAAGUAUUUAAACAGACACUUAGGCCUUAAUAUUUCAAUAGAGCAUCUUGAGCAGUUCAAAUGUAUGUAACGGUUACGGGACCUUUUUAUUGCUCAAGAAAAUCGACACUUUUAGAAUACUUGCCAUUUUGUUUAUUCUUAUCUGCAUUUUCUGAUUCUUCUUCAUGAUCCUAAUGUGUGCUGUCUUUUCAGCCAAUCCGCAAAAAGCUUUGAUUGUCAUUGGGCUGUGAGUUAAUUUAUUCACAAGUCAGCCACUUGUACAUUGGCAGUAAAAACUUGCAAAAUGUAACUUGAUUGGUUUUUCAACUGACUUGGGUUUUAUUCACCAAGCUGUAAAAUGUGGAGAACUGACAUGGGACUUGCAGGUUUUUGUUAAAAAUGAGUGAGCUAGAAAAUAGCGUUUUUCGGUAAUUAUAGUUAAGCUAUUUUAUUCUAACUUUUGCUAUUUUUUUUUGUUUUUGUUUUUUUGUUUUUUUUGUGAUUUAACAUUUGUUUUUGCCCAUCCAUCCCUUCUUGUAAUGAUUUAAAAAAAAAAGCACUAGAAUAACACAUUAAUAAUGGCUUUAUCUAUGGAUGAUCCCAUGAGAUUUCAUAGACCUCACUGCUGUACUCUUGCACAGGAGCUUAAGCAAGUCUGCCGGAAUAAGUUGGCGGCACGUGUGAGGGACAGGUUCAGAUUAGUAUAACACGCCUGCCCCAGUCCACCGGAUCCCCAGUGGUGAUGCCACUGUUGGGGAUCUUUGCAAGAUCCCCAGACAGUGACCAUGCCGCUUUAAGUAGACCAAUUGUGGAGAAUAGACAAGGCAGCUGAAAUAUUUAGACCAGCUUAGCUAUUUAAUUCAGUUGAUUUUCCAGCUAAGCUUUGCAUAAACUGUACAAUUCCCUUAUCAACAAUUCUUAGUUGAAUAUGUAUUGCUGCAAGUGUAGAAAUGAUAGCCAUAUUAUUUCACAAACAUUUACAAUAAAAAAAAACAAUCCACAAAAAACCCCAAAAGUAGCAGUUCUGAAUAGUAAUGAUAUCCAUACUCUAAAUUCUGGAGAUUAAAGGAAUACUGAAAGCAUCAUAUCCACUUCAGUGUGCUGUGCACCCCCUCCCCCAUUGUAAGUAAUUAAACCAUUUUAAAAAAAAUGCUCAGUAAGAUUCCUCUCUUCAGUGACCUAAGCCGAAAAGUGGGAAUGUGGAAAUGUCCAACUUGAAGCGCCUUGAAGGUGACGUAUCCUGAAUUACUUGAUCAGGUCUCCACAAGUCCUAAUUUUGUGAUUAUAUCCCAAUUUUUUUUAACAGGAGGAAAAUUGCAGCGCAAUAAAAUGUGGAAGUCCUAAGUUGUUCACAUGGGUUGUAAAGAAAAGAGAAUUUCACAUUUUUAGAAAUGAUCACGGCUUGCCGAUGAGGUGAAUAUAUUGGCCAUUUCAUUCUGUGUGGACAGUAAUAUGGGGUUAUUAAAGGAACACUAUAUGUUUUCCUUGCCCUAUAGUGUUAAAACCACCAUCUGGCCCCCUCUUACUCAUCUAAAUCUAGUAAAAUCUUACUUGUAUUCAACUCUGCUGCUUCUGCCCCUAAUCUGCUUGCUUGGCUGACAUAAUCAGAAGUGAUUCUCCAAGCCAAUCACAAUGCUUUCCCAUAGGAUUGGCUGAGACUGUCAAGGAGGCAAGCCAAACACAGCACUGGCCAAUCAGCAUCUCCUCAUAGAGAUGAAUUGAAUCAAUGUAUCCCCAUGAGGAAAGUUCAGUGUCUCCAUGCAGAAUGUGGAGACACUGAAUGGCAGUACUGUACACUGUGUGCAGCACUGCCCCAGGAAGCACCUCUGAGGAGUGGCCAGUGAAGUUAGCACUAGGCUGUAAUGCAAACACUGCAUUUUCUCUGAAAAGACAAUGUUUACUGCAAAAAGCCUGAAGGAAAUGUUUCUACUCAACAAAAACAUUGCAAUAAGCUAUAAUUGUUCUGGUGACUAUAGCGUCCCUUUAAAUAUACGGAGCUGUAAACCGUAGGAUUUAGAAUGUAACAUAGUAUUUUGAAAGCGUUGUGGGACUGGUGGUAACUUUAAACUGCUGACACAAGUUUUUAUAUGAAUAAAACUACUGCUACUAGAAAAUUUUGCAAAUAUUUAUCAAUUUGUAGGUUCUAUUUAGAGUAAAAUAUAUACUACUUGCAUUCUUCUAGUCUACUUUAUAAAAAGAACCACAUUUUCAUAUUUCAUUCUUUACUAGAACACUUACACAGAAACUGUGGCUUCUGAGAAAUCGUCUUGCAGAACUGUGUAAUUCUUAAAUGAGAUCUCCAGACAUUUACCCGAGAAAUAACACAAACCGGUUACGGGAGGGAGUAACAGACCACAAAAUAUUUUACAUUAUUCUAAACUUAAAUCAUUGGGCACAGGGGAUUUUCUGUGUCUGUUCCAAAAAUGUGACCAGAAAAACAAAUUAAACUAAAGUCAAAUAUGAAUACAAGCCUGAAUUCUAAUCAUUUGGAAGUAGAAUGUUAACCUCUACCACUUCAGCUGGAAGGUUAACACGGUGAAAGAGUUUAAGCAUGCGUGGGACAGGCAUAAGUCUAUCCUAGCUAUAAGAUAAGGCCAGGGACUAAUGAAAGUAUAUAGAAAAUUGGGCAGACUAGAUGGGCCGAAUGGUUCUUAUCUGCUGUCACAUUUUAUGUUUCUAAGUUGUCGUUAAAGAGAAACUCUGUUCUCCAUAUGCCUUACCACUGUAUGUAGUGGUUAUGGUGCAAUACAUUUUAGUGGUCAGGCUCUGCAGUUUUUGCCCAGAACUUUUAUUUCUGCUGAUAUUAUUUGGAUGUUUCAUUUUUGGAUUAUCUGAAAAAAAAUUACAUUUUGCCAUAGAAAAUGAAUAGAUCAUUUAUCGUAGUCAUGGUAAUUCUGAACUACAAUAACUACUUACCUUGAUUCAGGACAUGUGGCUGUUACACUAAUUUUACCCCUUGCUCCCAUCUAUCUCCUUCCUCCCCUGGAGAAUUUGAUCUUUAUAUCGACCAGUGAGGUGAGGGUCAUAUUGCUAAAGAAUUUUUUUUUUUUUUUUUUUUUUAAUAGGGAAAACUAUACAUUUUCCUGAAUAGUUUGCAAUGUAUAAAAUAAUUGUUAUGCUCUUUCAAAAGAGCAUAUUUUAGUGUACCCAUGAUGAUACUCUCUAAAGUAGACUCGUCAUUGUCACAAGUUUUACUUCAAUGUUUGUGUUUUUUUUUUUUUCUCUGCAAAAUAAAUUUGCACUACUAAAGUAAAUAAAAUAAAUUAAAAUCUUAGCGUUUUUAAAGAUAUAGUUGCGUUAGGAAUACAAAUGUAUUAAAGCUAGAAUGUUACACUAAUUAUUUAGAUUAUAAGCCCCCCUUUAUAAAGUUAGAUAAGGCAUUUUCUCACCUUAUUUCACUCACGGUGCUGAUCUUGAUCGAUGAUCUCAGCCAAUCCAAUGCUUCUCCAUAGGAAAGCAUUGGGAUUCUAGUUCGCUUAUAGCCAUAGCCGUGCUGCGCCAACCAGCAUUUAGUGUGGUGGGAAUGUCCAUCCACAAAAUCUCUAUGGCCAGAUGACCUUAAAGUGUCUAUUGAAGUAGAAAGAAGAGGGUCAGAGAACUUCAAAUAGGUGUAACCGCAGACUUGCCGUGUGACAUCUCAAAAUGUAAAGUGUCUGUCCCUUUUAGAAUCUUUACAUAUUGUUCUAAGACUCUGAAUUUGACAUGCCUGUUUGCAACAGAUUGGGAAGCGAAUUGGAGUUAUAAUUAAAGGGACACUAUAGUCACCAGAGCCACUACAGCUUAAUGUAGCGGUUCUGGUGUCUCUAGCAUGGCUGCAGGCUGAUCACUGUAAACACUGCCUUUACAGAGAAAGGGUCGUGUUUACGUUGCUGCCUAGUAACACCUCUAGUGACAGUUACUGCAUGGAUGCGCUGAACAGUCCCUAUAGAGAUGCAUGCGCAAUAGCCUCCCAAUGUUUUCCUAUGUGAAAGCAUUGGAUUUGUUGAGAUCCUAAAUAGUUAGUUUAUCACUAUAGUGUCAGGAAUACUUGUUUGUAUUCCUGAUACUUUAGUGUUCUUUUACCAAAGCUCUUCCUUGUACUUCAUCCAUCAAUCAAGAGCUUUCAUCACGGUUGCACUCUUGCUUAUGCAUUUGAGUAAAAUACAGUGGUUUGAGUGAGGCCACGGAAUCUUCUGUAACACUACUUGUGUGAUGGACAAGAAGGCAACUACUUAAAAACGUCAUAGUGUUUAUUUCCUCGUGAAAUACUGAAAAUUUGCAGCUGAUUUAAAAGUAUAUAUCUAUGAAGUUAUUGGAACUUGGAGUCAUUACAAAACUGGAAAACGUGUUAGAUGGCUUCUUUGUGGUCUACUUACUCAGUUUAGUACCAGUGUCAUGAAUUAUGUGUCUGGUACUAAACUAUAAAUAUAUACUAGAGCUUCCUGUUUAAAUCUGUGUGCCUUUGAAAAUACUGCUCCACUAUUUAUUUAAAUACCCCCAGAACAUUGAUGAGUUGCAGGUGUUCCUUUUGAUUUCCCUCUAAGUCAUCUAGUUGGAAGUGGGAUAGUCAACAUACUAGGCCUAAGGACCCAUGAAGACAGCGGGACAUCCAGAAACCUUAAUAUUAGAGCAUUGUGUUAUUGAGCUAAAAAGCACUAGUCUUGGCUACACCCACCAGAGGAUUAACCAAGCUAAGUGCUAAAGAGUUACCGCUGACCAUUAUCAGAGGUUUCUUUCGGUGAGACCAGGAUUAGCGUGCCCGUUACUGCAAUCAUUUAUCAAACGAAGUCUACGUACAUACUUGUGCUAAUGAAGAAAAACCCACAGGGAACCUGGGCAGAAAUUUAUUUUGUGAGGCGUAGGCAGUAAACCACCAAAAAUGGGUAGGAGCAGUUUGCUUGUUCUUCGUGGGUUGAUGACAUCUACCAAGAACCUCUUUAUUUAGCAGUGUAUUCCCAAUUAAUAUAAAUCUUCACUAGCAUCCUACAUUCAAAAGGGAUCAUGAGUGAGAAGUUAUUGAUGGUCUUUGCCUAUUUAGGUCGCCUGAAUAGCACAACCUGAACCUGUAAAAUUUGUACAUACAGAAGGUUGUAUUUUUAAACAGCACAAAACUGAAAUAAAAUACAAAUUGUAUGUUGUUGUGUUUUUUUUUUUGUGUGUGUAAAUUAAUACUCUGUGAAAUUAACAGUAUUUUUUAUUUUGUUGUCUUAAACUUUCUGAACUUGUAUAAGUCUGAAAAGGCUGAUAACCUAAACAAUGAACAAUCUGUAAUGUUGUAAUGAUGUUGCGUAAGAUCUCUGUUUUCCGAAGUGCCAAAUUAAAGUGAAUUUUUUAUUAUUAUUAUUAUUAUUUUAAAGUUCUUUGUAAAGAUUGUUUUGGGUUGUAUAUUUUUUUUUUUUUUUUUUGCACCAGGUGUAUAAAUAACAUGGGGAUUUUUGUUAAAAGGCUACUUUUGAAUAGUUACUGACCAAUAAUUAGUUCACUGUAAUUGUACAUUUUUAUAAAUGUCAUACAUAAAGUAUGAAUGGACGCUUUCUUUUUAGAUCCCGAUUCUCUGCCAUUAGGUGACAGAGUAAAUAUUUGAGUUCUGUAUUUAAAUAAAAAGGGGGGGGGGGGAGAAUGUAUCACAGCUGUCAAUGAGUCGGCUAUGGGCUGUGUUAAUUCUUAUUUUAUUUAUUUUUAAAUAUAGCACUUUUUUCCCUAGUUACAUGUUAUGCAAGAAUAUAAAGACAAAUGUCGAUGUUGGAACUUGGCUUUGUUAGAGGGAAGGGAAGUGUUGUAGAGGUUAGUGUUAAAUACUUUUCGUGUCGGGAUUUAGCGACUAUCCAACAUGCAGAACUUCAGAUAAGAAAUAAAUAUGACUAUUAAAGUAUAUUACUGGACCUUAGACGGCAUGGAUGUAAUGCUAAUAAAUAGAAUAGUACAGAAUAGGCGUAGGUCCGGUAGACGGAGAGUAUUUAAACGCCAAGUCUAGUCAGAUAUCAAGGAAAAAUAGUCAAGGCACAAGCCAGGGUCAAAAUACAAUAGAAUCAAUAAUAUAACGGACUAUUGGAUAACCACAAGAGAAACCACAACCGGAUACAAAUAAAUAACCAAAAUAAGCUUAUCUAGCCCCAGGAGGGCAGUUAUUGAUCCGUAGUUGUCAUGUGACCCUAGAAUGUGCGCGACGCCUGUGUGAUGAAGCGCACACAUUAGAGUCAGUUAACUGAACCGUGCAGGUGGUGCCAUGUAAGGACCUUGAUUCGUAGCAGCCGGUGUCAAACUAAAUGCCGGGGGACACAGCAGACACAUGGGACGGAGGUGAGAAUGCGCCGUUCCGGAGCACACUCAGCGGGCCUUUAAUUUAGUAAACACUUUGUUAUUUUUUUAUUAGGAUCAUUAAAAUCUAUACUUUUAUAGUUGUAAGCGAUAAUUCUAAAAUAUAAUUUUAAACUAUAUUUUUAGCAGAUCUAAGCUGACAGUUGGUUUUAAUCACUGGGGAUAAAUGGGUGCCAAUUCAUACAUGAACUUCAUUAGAAGAUUUCUACUGGUCUAGGCAUAUCUGUAUUCCUAUGCAAUUUAUUUUAUUUUUUUUCCCCAGCAGGACAAAUCUCUUAUCACACACCCCACUUAUUUAACUGAUUUGGAAGUUGAUAAAUCGGUUACCAAAAUCCAACUCAAUGUUACUCCUAAUAGAAUAACUUGUCAUAACAAGUCUCUAACUUUUUUUAGAAGAACAGUUUCCACAUGAAUAUUUAAACUAGGACAGAAGGGCAGUCCUGUGCAAAAAUGCCCAGAAAAUUACCUCUGUACGAGAAACACAGCAAUCUCUGACAUAGUUGUGAUGAUCCCAACUGGGCAUUAGGUCUUUAAAAUGCUGUUUAAUUCUUGGUUGAACUUGGCACUUGGAAUGUUUUCAAUGUGUACAUUUUAGAUAACAAUCAAACUAUCUGUGCUUAGCCUGGCCUGAUAGUUAUUGUAGUCACCCAUCAGGUACUGCUGUCAGGGCUAGCCAAGGUUUUAUUACCUUUCACAUUGUAUCAUUCUGGUUCCCACUAUCUCCCCUUCCUAAAAUAAUAAAAACCAUACAAACAAAAAACAGUGACAAUACUGAUCACGACUGAAUUAGAAUUCCAAAGAUACCAUAAGACAAAGUAGUGAUUACUUUGUCUUACGGAAAAAGCCUGAGGUUGACAAAAGGCAGAGCUCUACCAUUAACUUUUGUCCAUUGCUUGCUGCUGUCAUAAAUGACGGCUGGGGGAUUCAGUGAUGGUUGUGAGGUUUUCCGGGGUCAUCCAAAGACCUCUGUGUUGUACUCUUGCAGCUCCUGGCCUCCAGAAGUGACAAAAAUAUGCUUUAAUGUUCCAAGUUUCAUAAAGUUAUGCAGAUAAUAUCUAAAAUUCAGGUUAAAGGGACACUAUAUAGUCACCAGAACAACUACAGCUUAUUGAAUUUGUUCUGGUGAGUAGAAGCAUUACCUUUAGGCUUUUUGCUGUAAACACUGUCUUUUCAGAGAAAAUGCAGUGUUUACAUUACAGCCUAGUGAUAACUUCAGUGGCCACUCUUCAGAUGGCUGGGUCAUGGCUGCCUAAAAUGCAUACAUGUUUGUGUUCCUGAUCCUAUAGUGCUCCUUUAAUUACCAGUCUUCAAGCAGAAAACUGCAGCCUACUUUUGAAAUGGUUUUAAAGCUGUGCUCAGAUGAUGCAACUAAAUUGCACAAAUACAACAAAAAUGAAUCUGAUCAGCUCCCGAGGUGACCGGCUGCCUGGGAGCAGAGGCGGUUAGUCAGCUAACUGAGGGCUGAGGCAGGCGGAUGAGUGAGGGAGAGAGGUGCCCGGCUCAUUAAGAGCUAAGGUAGGGAGGCGGGUGGCUGACCAAGGGAUGGAGGGGGCGACCAGGUGGCUAAUGGAGAGCUGAGGGAGGCGGGCAGAUGGAUGACUUAAUGCGGUGGCGAGGGGGGGAGCUGUAAUCUCCCUGCUCUGCCCCCUUGCGCACCUUGUAGUGGAGCCUGGUUAUGACAUUCCUCUGGCCCCCGACUCACUAAACAGUGCGCGAGCUGAGUAGGGAGAUGACAGCAGCCUAUCCACUCCAGUCUUCCAAAGAUAGGGAGACUGGGUGGAUUUACAGUAAAAUUUUGUGAGUGAGUGUGUCUGUGUGUGCGUGUCGGUCAAUGAGUGUGUGUUCCCUCCAAUCACAUGGGAAAGGUGUCUUUACUUACCAUUUUUCCUACGCCGUGCUGGUGACGCCGCGGCUGGCCCCACCUCCGUGGUUGAGAUCAUCAAUCUUGACGAUAUCAGCCAAUCCAAUGCUUUGCCAUAGGAAAGCAUUGGGAAACUAUUGCGCAUGCACAGGUGCGCCAAUUUAACAUUGCAUAAAGAUGCAUAUCCCUAUAGGGAACAUUAACGUAGAUACUGCACAGUGUGAUGCACUGACCCAGGAAGAACCUCUAGAGGCUGUGAUUGUUGCUAGAGGUGUCACUAGGCAGCAUUACAUUGUUUACAUACACUGCCUUUUGUCUGAAAAGUCAGUGUUUACAUUGAAAAGCAUUCAGGGAUGGGCUAUAGACUUCAGAACAACUACAUUAAGCUGUAGUGGUUCUGGUGACUAUAGUGUCCCUUUAAGAAUUGUAUUUGUGGCGUAGAUUUCUCUGGCUCCUAACUUUUCUAGCUGGCUCCUAGAUUCUAAGCAAACUUAUCAAGCCCUUUGUUACUUUUAACAUUUUGCUGUCAAAUUACCAAUACACCGAAAUAUUUCAGUGAACACCAACCACACUCCUCCUACUUCGCAAAGUAGAUAACAUAAAAAUACACAUGCAAAAUACCUGAAAUGUGUUGUUUUUUUUUUUUUUUCUACUCAUGAAAAACACAGCAAUGUCCAUAUGAAAUUUAGUUGGACAAUAACACCAUAAUUUGUGAGCUACAUUUUAAGCAGACAAACGCUAACAUGUAGGCUUUUGUUAAAGUGAAUACGUUUAAGUAGGAAGUGUCAAUUUGACAAAUAUGUGUUUGUGGUAAUAAAAUUACAUGUAGAAAUCCCUAACUUUUUAUCUUCCACCGGACACCUCUAUCUUGGCUGUCUAUCGUUCGUUUUGUAUAAGCUCUGACCUUUGCCCCUGGCAGUCAGCAUACAGAGAGGAGAAGAAAUGACACAACGUUAUUUCCCAUCUGCAUUUGGAAUUGGUGCCUGGGCUGGAUUGUGAUGUAUUAAAGACUUGGCAAAUGACAAGUUCAAAAGAAAACACGUUAUGUGAAAAAAUUAACACACGUUAUGUUAUAGAUGUAGCUCAAUUGUGUAAUUUCCAGAGAAGUGAUAGUUCCUCUUAAAGGUAACAUUUUAAUCUAAAGGUUUGCAUACAGACAGUUUUAUUUUUUUUAUUUUUUUUGUAAAAAAAUGUUUCAUUUACAUAGGCCUCAAUUUAAUAUUGUUGGAUAAGCUUGGGUCAAAAACCACCUAAGGCAUAAGUCCAAAAUCAAACUUAACAUCUGCUAGAUGCCUCUUGACACACAAUACAGAUAAACACAGAUACGGACAGGUAUACAUACACAUCCUUAAAAGAAAUACUGGUUCCCUUCUCAAUCCUUUGGAGGUUGUCUUCAUGUAGGGGUUGGGUUAGACAGAAGGCUGCCUAGUUAACUUUGUCAGGGCCAACAGGCACAAGCCUCACCCUAUAAAGCAACAGAGUGAGGGCGGGUAGGCUACAUGCUGCCGGUCCCACACUUAAUUUCCCUGUUGCUUCUGCUUGUAUGCUAGUCUCCCUGCCACUCAGCCGGGAGUGGACGUAACCCAGUGAUAAAGACCUACAUACAUACUCCCUGUGUCUCGAACUCUUGGCAGCUUGCUGUUCUUGGCCAGAUCAUACACUCAUUACGGAGAGCAUUUAGCAUCAAAAGCCUCAAAGCAUGCAAGAAUAUGUUUGGGUUGGAGCCACCUAGCUCCCUGUCAAAUGAGAAUGCAGUGUAUACAGAAGGGGAGGGAAUUGUAAAAGGAUAUGAGUUUUGAGCGUGGCUAAUGGGGUUAUUAUGGGACUAAACUGGGGGCGGAGGGGUGGAUAGGGGGAAAUUAAUUGUGUGACUUGUAAACCUUUAAAAAGGGGGUGAUUUAAAAUGAGAAGACAAAUGAAAAUUGAAGAACAUUGGCUCUCAAAGGUCACAUCCUAUCCAACCUCUAUGAGCUAUAUCAAUGUUAACCACCUAAUUAAUGUUGUACUCCUUCCAGCCUUUUCACAUAUUGUCACAUCUUCCAAAUGUUUUGUACGGAGAAUCAGUAUGUGGUGGGCAGGGCCCUGAAUGGGCAUUACCAGUGAUGUGAGCUGCCUCACUAGUGAUGCCCAUAAUUGACCAGUUCAUUUAGAAAAGGGGUGGACCCAUCCACUAAUAAGCUAUCUGACCAGUCCCCAGCCUUCAGGACCAUGCAGGGGGCACUGAUGAAGCACUCCCCGGAUGGUCUUCGUGCCCAUAGCACAAAUGAGGCCCUCACACUGUUCUAUCAUGCAUUUUGUUUGUUUACUGCAGUCCUCUUGUCCUCUUCUCUGCUUCAUCUACUUCACCAUUUGUUCCUAUUAUAGUUCACCUUGUCCUCCUUCUACAACCAACAUCCAAUCAGCCACCUCUUUCACAAAGUUAUGAAAAGACAGUUCACUAACGGCAUUGACUCUCCAUAGCUCAGUUCUUACAUAUGUUUAUCUUCAGCCCAGCUCUUCCAACCUCCCUAUCUUCAUGAUUAUGUUAAACCCCCAUUCCCAUAGCCUGUCUACUCUUCAUCCGUGUGUAAUUUUCUGAUGCCUCUCGAUUCUAAUACUCAUUAUGGCGCAUGUAUGACAUUAUUAUUGCUAUACAAUGUAACACUCCAUGGAUAAAGGCACCAUAAAAAAAUGUUCAAGAUCAGACACAUUAAAUAAUUUUCCAUUACUCAAAGGGCCUAAAAAUGGUAAACAAGUUGACAGGAUGCCUGUUAGUGUGAGGUUUGAGGAUACACUGAUGAGAAAGCAGCACCUGACACGGCGUAGGGGAGUUAUUACUAAUAUUCAUAUUUAUAUAUCACAGUAAAAUAAAUACUGAGUCAUUAACUAAAGAGUCAAGAUCUGAAUGUUUCUGGCAUUGUUCCCUGCUCUAACUAGCAUCUUCUAACCAAAGCAGCUAUCUGAUGGCGUCCUUAUCUCAGCCUUCGCCCCAUGCACACAUUUCCUUGACACUCCUACUCAUCUGCCUGUUUCCCUUUUUAUGACUCUGCUCUCUUCGUUCUUCCGUUACAAAAGUAUAGCCGUUGCAACAGUAAUUAAUUUGUGCACAUGUGUAAAAUUAAACCAUAGAAAACUACCAAGGUAAUUGCUGCCCCAAACUUGAAAUCUGAUGGAGGAAUUCUAAGAAUAGUCUCACAUUUUCAAUGGUGUGUUGCAUUUUAGGUUGUUGCAACAUACUUGCGUGCUACACUGUGUAUGUCUUUGUAUGCAUUGCACAAAAAGCGAGAUUAACAAGACGUUUGCAAUGAUCUUCCAUUUUAACCUAACGUAUAAAGCCAAAGCCAAACCAGAUGGUUCAAAGGAUCAGAAAUAUCAUGGGUGUCUACACUUUUCUUGCAUUGACCUUUUCCUUGUCCACCUUUUAUUUUCUCUACUUCGUUUUUCUUGCUAUGCCGUUGUUAUUGUGGUAACUAGCCGUUUAAAACGAUUGGCUCUUCCAGAAAUUUUUUUAUAGGGGAAGGAGAUCACAAGCAAGUUCCUCUCUGUUCCUGAUACAACUAAGCGUGUGUGAACACUAAAAUAAAAGAUAAUUCUAAUUUUAUCCAUACACUAGAACUAGGUUAUACAAAUGUAUAGCAAAAAAGUUAGUUCCAUUGUUUAUUUUAUUUUUCUUAUCACAUGGCCGUACUUACUCAAAAAUAUUUAAAUAACUUGUCACUCCUAGACUCCACCCGUGUGCUGCACAAUUAAUUUGCAGAAGGGGAUCACAUGAAAAUGUAGGUGACUCUGUGGUAUCUCACAACACCAAACAUACAAUAAUAAUUCUUCAUCUAUAAAAAAUAAAAUUCUGGUGACUCUGUAUGUGUGGGUGCUCUCGUUUUAUGGGAUUUCAAGUCACAAAACUAGUUGUGACAGGCUGAUUUAUCUUGACUGUGCACAUAUUUUUAAAUUAGAUUUUCUCAGUCUAAGAGACAAAGUGACAGCAGUUUACCAUUUUAUUACAUGAAUCUUAAAAAAAUUAAAAUAAAAAAUGCAAUCUGCAGUUGCAAAACUGCAUUGUGUCCCUGUUAUCUGAACACAGUUAAAGAGAUUAAAAAUGUUAGAUGUUUUGAAUACCUUUGUUAGCAAAUAGCUUUGAUUUGGCCCAUCCCUGCCCAGAAUCUGACUAGUUUACACCACCUGCAAUUAAACUAAAGUAACGCCAAUGUUAAAAAAUAUAGAUUUGUAUUAAUGCUUGAGCGUUCCUUUUAAAGGCCCCCAGACCAGUUCAUCUCAAGGCACCUCGAAGGGAAAAAGGUAAACUUUUUUUUUUUUUUUUAUAUAUAUAUAUAUAUAUAUAUAUAUAUAUUAUUAAAAACUCUGGCAGGCCUAGCCUAGUCACCUAAACCGGGACUAAGGCACUAUAGUGUUAGAAAUGCAUAUUUGUAUUCCAAACAAUAUAGUGUUCUUUUAGUCCAGGUUACUGGAGGCCCCACUGAUACACUAGGCUCCUCAAGGGGUGGGAUAUAUUGGGAAAUCAGUGAACAGGCAGAUCUUGAAUUUUAUGUGUUGGAACCAGAAAAAAUUGGCAGGCGAAAAGAUCUGCAUGACUUUGACAAAGGCCAAAUCGUGAUGGCUAGAUGGCUGGGUCAGAGCAAUUCCAAAAUGGCAAGUAUGCAGUGGUUAGUACCUAACAAAAGUGAUGCAAAGAAGAACAACCAGGGAACCGGUGUCCAUGUCAUAGGCACCCAGGGCUCAUUGAUGCACGUGGGGAGCGAAGGCUAGCCCGUCUGGUUCAUUUACACAGAAGAGCUACUGUAGCUCAAAUUGCUGAAAAUCUUAAAGCAACACUGACACCCAACAGUGACACAUUGACACAUCACUGCUGGGGGUACAGUAGCCAGGGGGAGGCAGGUAAAGAUCGGUUCUACUUACCUGAACCUGUGCCUCGCGGCUCCCGCCAUCCUUUUCCGGCCAGGAACCGGCAUCCCUGCUGCACUCUUGAGCUUUCGUGAGAGUACAUCAGUGAGUUCUAUGGAGUAUCCUGCAAGACUGCAGGAUCCUUCAUCAAUAGGGCCAAUUUCCCUGCAGCUGUCACUGGAGACGGCUGAGAGAUUUAUACUUCUUGUUGGCGGUAGCUCCACCCAGUGCCCAAGAAGUGUCAGGAAAAAUACUGAGAAAAAGUAGUCCCUACUUUCUCAGUAUGUCUUUUUGACUGGGUUUGAAUUUCAGUAAAGUUGGCCGUAAUAGAAAGGUGUCAGAACACAUAGUGCAUCACUGUUUGCUGACCCCUGCCCCCGCCAAAAGCACCUUCAAUUGGGACAUGAGUGUCAGACCUAGACAAAUAAGCAAUGGAAGAAGGUUGUCUGAUCUGAUGAAUCAUCACAUUUUCUUUUAGAUCAGGUGGAUAGCAGCAGGGAAGGUGUCCAGCGUCUUAUAAAUGAUAUUCACAAGUUGGCAUUGUUAGUAUGUAAAUAGGUAGGGACAACACUUUGAAAGACUCAUAUUGCUACUUUGCGAACAUCUUAUAUGGGCAAAAAAUUAUGGAGCAGAAGAUGGAACACAGUAUGCAUUUAAGGUGAAACCGCAAAAUAAAUAGUUUAUAUAGAAUGGUUGAAUUGUAUAAUUUUCUGCGCCUUAAGGCUCCCACGCACGACACUAAGACAAUGUCAUCACAGCCACCUUUGUUGUUUUGUGUUUUUGGGGAGGAAGGGGAUACAUUUUUCAGUUAAACAAGCAUGGGAAAUCGCCUGCAUUUGUUUUUACCAUCGUAAUAUGCAUCUUCUUUUUGUCUAUAUCCUUGGAUGACACCCGCAGUUUAUCCAUUUUGUCAUGGUCCCGAGUUUGUGGUCUCUAAUAUCUAUUCAUUCAUUAUUGCUGUCCAUGAGCUGCAUGAAUUCUAUUGUGGUCUGUCAUUCUUCUGAAGUCAUGAUUAAUCCCUAAAGGACGAAUGGCAUGUCAGUGGUGUGACAAUAAAUAAAGUAAAAAAAAAAAAAAAAAAAAGCAUUUGCCUACGUCUGGUCCUCAAAAUGUACUUGUGGUUAACUCAUUAGCACUAGUUGGCUCAUAUGACCGCUUGUUUGCCUUAGGAUAUUCACACAUGGAGUUUGUAUGACCUCAAGAAAGAGGUUAUUUUCCAGCAAUAUUUUCCAGCUUUGUAAUCUGCUUUGCCAGAUACCAUUCUGAAAUUUGAGUUUUUUGGGACCGGCAUUAGCAGAUCAAUGAUGCAAUUCAAUAAAACCUACAAGAAUUUUUUUUCUGAAAGAAAAUUGAUGUAUAAUAUCUCUCCAAUAAUCGCCAAAUAAUUUUUGUUCAUUUUAGGGGUUUGAUCAUUAAAAAAAAAUAAAAAAAUUGUCUAGUGAGGGGGGAGUGUUCAAAUUUUUGUCUUUUGUAAAACUUAUGCAACUGAAACAGAGAAAUCACUAUUGCUAAAGUGUAUCACAACCGGGGUUAUGUAAGCACAAUUUAUAUGACUUGUAUGUAGGUAUAGAGACCACGCUUGACCAUUUCAUGAGUACAGUAUUUGGGAAUUUACAAUGCAUAUUGAUACUAAUUGAUAAGGUGUAAACAAUGUUUAACUUAUCACAAAUCAAGUUUCAUAUGGUUAAAUUCGGCUGAAGAGAAGUUACCAUAAAAACUGUGCAAAUUCAACAUUUAGAAAGACUUGAAGAGAACAUGAAUGGUUUUCUAAUAAUUAAGCCGUACCCAAAAUAUGUGUUUGCAAUUGAGCAGAAUAAACACCACAAAUACUCUGGUUUGUUUAAUGAAUCUUUUAGUAAGGGCCUUCGUAAAUGGUAAUCCAAAAAGAAAGCUCUUUUUUUGCCUGUAAUGUCAGUGAGGCAAUGUGACUGUCUGAUCGCCUAUUCUAAUUGGUUGGAACAUGCACUAGCUCUACAUGUGCCUCCAGCCUGAUAAGGCAGGGCUCGACAAACCCUAGGAAUUUUGCCUUGGCGCCUGGGUUGGGCGAGCCCCUUACCUCCGAGGCUGGUGAGCGGCUUGGGGGUCAUGGAGGUGGCUGCACAAAUAGGAGACCAGCAAGGGACCUGCUCUGCUCCCCCGGGUGCCUCUUAAUGAGACUGGAGCCGGGAUAUAACCAGUGCAUGGAGAUGCAGAGCAGGGACACCACAGCUGUCCUGUCCCCAUCCUUCUAUUCACGCAGUUAACUGCCCGCCUCCAUGACCAUCCAGCAUGCCGCCCCCCUUCAUAAUCCCCCAUCUUGCUGCCCACUGGACCCCAGGUAUUAAAUCAAGCAAUAAUGUAUGAGUGUAUGGGUCUGUCAUGGUGUGUGUGUGUGUCCGUCAUGCUGUGUGUCUGUCUGUAUCAUGGUGUGUGUGUUUAGGUGACCAGACUUGUCCUUUCGCAAGGGAAUGGUGUUUUUACUCACCUUUUUUCCCCCCCUUACGCCAUGCUGGUCUCCCCUCGACUGGCUCUGCCUCUAUGACUGAGAUUAUCAAGCUUGACGAUCUCAGCCAAUCCAAUGUUUUGCCAUAGGAUUGGCUGCAAAACGCUGCACCAAUAAGCAUCAUCUAAUAGAGAUACAUUGAAUCCAUGCAUCUCUAUGGGAAACUUUCAGCGCCUCCAUGCAGAGUGUAAAGACUCUGAAUGUAGGUGCUGCACACUAUGCAGCAUUGACACAGGAAGCACCUCUAGUGACCGUCUGAGUGACGGUCACUAGGAACCAAUGUAAGCACUGCCUUUUCUCUGAAAAGGCAGUCUUUACAUUGGAAAGUCUGCAGGUACAGGCUUUAGACACCGGAACCACUACAUUAAAGAACCACUAAAGGCACUCUGACCAUUUCAGCUCAAUGAAGUGGUCUGGGUGCCAGGUCCCUCUAGUUUUAACCCUGCAACUGAAAACAUAGCAGUUUCAGAAAAAAUGCUAUGUUUCAUUGAGGGUUAAUCCAGCCUCUAGUGGCUGUCUCACUGACAGCCGCUAGUAGCGUGACUGAGUGGAGCAGUGCGCACCGCGGUACAGGAUAUUCAGUCUCCUGUAUCCUGCCGGACUGACAGGAAGUGCUCUCUCUGUGAGCACUUCCUUUCAGUCCGUCUGGGUACAGGAAACAUAAGUUCCUGUACCGCGGUGCGCACUGCUCUUCUCGACCAUGCUACACAAAGUGCCUGGCAGGAGGGAGUGCUGUGGCCCCACCUCCUGCCCGUCAUUCCGAUCUAGCACCCCCUGGGCUGGUGCGCCCUAAGGCAGACGCUUGUCGCCUUAUGGACGCACCGGCCCACUCAUUCAUUAUCGUAUUGCCGGUGAUUAUCGUCCGAUACCAAUAUCUACAAAAAAUCAGAAUAUUGGCUGAUAAUAUCGGCAAAAACGAUAAUCAGUCAAUCCCUAUAGGAAAGCAUUAAAUCAAUGCUUUCCUACGGGGGAUCUAAAGACGUUGGAAGUCUUCAUGCAAAGAGUGAGGACAUCCAGUGUUGUUUCAUUGAGUCAAUCUCCAUGAUAUUGUGGAAGUGCCUAUAGAGGCUCUCUGGUAGAAAGCCAUUAGAAGCAGUCUUAGCAGUGCAAUGUAAACAUUGCGGUUUUUUUCUAAAACUGUUAUGUUUUACUUUGCGGGGCUAAGGGACAGGAUUACUGAACCCACACCCCUCAAUGAGCUGAAGUUAGGUUGGUUCCAUUUAGUAUCCCUUGAAAUUCUGUAUGUGUAACAUUUCACAAAGCGACUUCACGCACCAUCACUGAAGUGGUUAUGGUGCUUGGAGUAACCCUUUUAAUAAAGCUUUUUAAAAAAUGUUUUUGAGAGAUCGUUGAUAUUACUUUUAUUUUUAAAACGCUUCUGUGAACAUUCAUGAGUCCAGUGAAUCUUGAUUUUUUAUAUCUAAAAUGAGGUGAAUGCAUGUAACACUCAAGGGAUGUCCUAUUUAGUCUGCUGAAAAGAACAUAAUUAUCUAGACAUUCAGCACUGAAUGGGUUAUGGAGUAGAGUUCUUUCUAAUGUAUUUGAGUGGCCUGUUAAAUGACUGUGCAUAUAAGAAUCGCUUGUGUUUUACAACGAUGGCUUUUUGUUUCCCCUGGAUUUCCUGUCCAUUCUUUGGUCCAGCUAAUAUUUCUUAUUCUGUUUGCCUCUCUGCAGCCUGAGACAGUUGCUACGUUGAAACGCACAAUAGAAGCUCUCAUGGAGCGAGGAGCAAUUGUACGUAACCUGGAAAGCUUGGGAGAAAAGGCCCUUCCGUACAAGAUAUCAAAGCACAACCAGGCUCACAGACAAGGAGGGUAUGUUUUUAAUGAAAAUGACUUUAGUGGUUGUUCAUCUCUGCAAAUUGCAGGGAAAGGGAAACAAAAUGAAUUAACGCUAAAUAAAUUUUGAUGCACGCAUCCCCUAGCAACACGUCUAUCACAAUCAAUAGAUCAAGGGCUUGGUGCUUUAUGUAGAGAGAAAGAUUGGGGCUAAGUGCUGAAUAUGGAGCAAUUACCCUGGAAUUUGGCUAAAUGGUUGAGCUGUUUGCUCAGUUGUUCAGAUAUUUCAGAAAAUUUCCCUAAAAAUGUCUUUUUUUUUAUUUUAUUUUUUAGGGUCUCUCAUUUUUCAUACUUGUCAUGCAAAUGAUGUGAAUAACGCCAAAAUUGCUAUUUAAAAUGAGUUGAUGCUCUCAACCAUGCAAUACAGGGCUUAGCUCAAAACCAUGAACAUACGUUCUCUCUGGCAUUAGUGGAGCUAGGCUUCAGUGCCUAGUGGACCCCAGGUGAGAAGGCAAACCUUUAAAUAAUGGUUUGACAUCUGACAUCAGGGGUGGGCUGGGGAAAAAGCACCAAGGCACGUCUGGCACCAUAAACACAACUGUGAGCUGUUGUGUGUGUGUGUGUGUGUGUGUGUGUAUGGUGCCUAGAGAUUGUCUUUUAAGGAACACUAUAGUCACCAGAACAACAACUGCGGUGUUUACAUUGCUACCAAUGGACACCCCCAGUGACAGUAACUCAGAUAGGUCAGUGCUGCAGUUUGCGCUCUGCAAGGAGGCGCUGAACACUAUUGUUUUACUAUUAUAGGGUUUGUUUUCCUGACCCUAUAGUGUUCCUUUAAGUAUAGGUGAAACGUUCUCACAAGGAUGCAAUUUAUAAUUUUGUCCAAUUCUGCUGCUAUAGACUUUUUCUUAUGAUGAAAACUGUCAGCCAGAUGAUGCAGUGAGAUUGAUAGGUAAAGCAUAACGUACCCUCAAAACUGUGAAAUGACCUCGGCACUAUGAAGAAAACUAGAAGUUAAUUAGGAUCUCUGUUGGUUAAUUCAUUGAACGCUUGACAAUAAACUUAGCUCAUCUCUGUAGCUAACAAUUGAAUGUUGCUGAGAUUGUGUGUGCUCAGGGUGUUUAUGGAGUGUUACAAAGUGACUCCAGUAUUUUAUUUGAUGGUAGAGCGAGCAAUGUCACUGGGUACGCUGCUUUAUUCAAGGAACAGACUUGCCUUGCACGUAGCUGCUUGCUAAUCUAUACGUGAGCUGAGUUUCAGCCAUCUCACAUCUGACUCCCUGAAUAGAAUUUUACAGCUCUGCAUAAAAUAGGUCACUCUUAGCUUAUGCACUUCAAGUGGUCAGUACAAGUAAAUAUUAAUCUUCGGCAUGCAGUCUGGCACACAACCAAAACAAUACCGAAUUAGGGCAUUGCACAAUAAAAUGUCAAUCUUUAGGGCAUUUUAAUUAACAUCAUAAAGGGCAUGACUGUUCCAUACAUAGCCCUGUUCCAUGCAGGUCCUACUGAUAGCUCUUGGACACUAGCUGCUCACUCACAUGGCCAGUAGUCCUGCAGCAGAAUAUGCUAGAACUAUAGUACAGAAAAGAUGCAACUUGUGGUAGACAACCUUUGGUUCUGUAAGAGGUGGACUGAUCAUAGAGGCUGAUCCCCCGAUAAACUUCAUCCCAAUGGGGGACGAUGGCUGUGUGGUAGGCAGACAAUGUAAUAGAGCAGCAGGAAAUGCUAGCAGAAUGCUUGGUUGUAUAGGGAGAGGUAUUAGCAGUAGAAAGAGGGAAGUGCUCAUGCCAUUGUACAGAACACUGGUGAGACCUCACUUGGAGUAUUGUACACAGUACUGGAGACCGUAUCUUCAGAAGGAUAUUGAUACCUUAGAGAGGGUUCAAAGAAGGGCUACUAAACUGGUUCAUGGAGUGCGGGAUAAAACUUACCAGGAAAGGUUAAAGGAUCUUAACAUGUAUAGCUUGGAGGAAAGACGAGACAGGGGCGAUAUGAUAGAAACAUUUAAAUACAUAAAGGGUAUCAACACAGUAAAGGAGGAGACUAUAUUUAAAAGAAGAACAACUACCACAACAAGAGGACAUAGUCAUAAAUUCGAGGGGCAAAGGUUUAAAAAUAAUAUCAGGAAGUAUUACUUUACUGAGUGGGUAGUGGAUGCAUGGAAUAGCCUUCCAGCUGAAGUGGUAGAGGUUAACACAGUAAAGGAGUUUAAGCAUGCGUGGGAUAGGCAUAAGGCUAUCCUAAUUGUAAGAUAAGGCGAGGGACUAAUGAAAAUAUUUCGAAAAUUAGGCAGACUAGAUGGGCCGAAUGGUUCUUAUCUGCCGUCACAUUCUAUGUUUCUAUGUGUUGGAUUAAUCCAAUGCUCUUAAAGGACCACUAUAGUGCCAGGAAAACAUACUCGUUUUCCUGGCACCAUAGUCCCCUGAGGGUGCCCCCACCCUCAGGGUCCCCCUCCCGCCCGGCUCUGGAAGUGGGAAAGGGGUAAAAACUUACCUUUUUCCAGCACUGGGCGGGGAGCUGUCCUCCUAUGAUCCUCCUCCUCUCCGCCCCUUCGGCUGAAUGCGCACGCGCGGCAAGAGCUGCAUGCGCAUUCAGCCGGUAGCAUAGGAAAGCAUUUAAAAUGCUUUCCUAUGGACGCUUGCGUGCUGUCAAUGAGAUUUUCACAGUGAGAAUCACGCAAGUACCUCUUGCGGCUGUCAAUUUCUCUGAAACUGCUAUGUUUAUAAAAAAAUGGGUUAACCCUAGCUGGACCUGGCACCCAGACCACUUCAUUAAACUGAAGUGGUCUGGGUGCCUAGAGUGGUCCUUUAAGUACACUAGUAGGAAGGUAAAAGAUUAGUGGUAGCAGCUCAAACGAUUUGGGUUUAACCACUUUUUUACCAAGGCAAAUAUAUUUUUUAAAUAUAUGUUGUUUUUUUGUUUUUUUUCAAGUGACAAUAUAUUAUGCAAUGCUGUACAGUGAGUGAAUUACCAGAUUUAGUAACAGGUUGAGUUUGCAACAAACCCUAAUUUAUUUUAACAUUUAUCUCCUUCAGUGUAUUGCCUUUGAAGGGUUAACAAUGACUGCAAAGUAACAUUGCAUUGUGCUCCAGCAUGGAAGCAAAUCAGUGAACCCCCCCUCUCCUCUUUUUGCACCAUUAUAAAUUGACUGCAGGGGGUGAGGGCAGUUAAUAAGUGUGGUCCUAUCUUGCAGUUUUAUCCCAAAAGGAGCCCACCGUGGGUGAAGGCCCCGUGCCAGAGAUUGGUUACCUCUUGGUUCACCCUCCUUUGUUUACAAGCUCUUCCAUAUGUUCUAUGUUUUUAUAUCAUUGGUAAAAUCUGCAAUAUAUUUAAAUGGACAUCUUUUCCUUUUAUUUUGUUCCGUUUUUAAGCAUCUUGUCUGCAUAGAGUCAUUCAAAGUGAAUAUAUUUUAAUUGCGCACCUACACCAGGGGCUUUGUGAAAUCCUUUUUUUUUUUUCUUCAUUCUGUGUCGACACAGAGAAUGCAUUGUUAGAAUAGCUAUAAAAUAAACAGAGAAAGGAGAACGUGUGGUUACAUACGAACCGCGCUCGAGCUCUUAUUUCUCACCCCUCCUUUUGCCAUCCGCAAAGUGGAAUUUUCCACUGCCUCUGAGCUCUGAGCAGCUAGCAUGGGUUUCAGGCAGACUAAGGUAUUACAGCUGGCUAGUAAUGCUGCAGCCUCUUGAACUCGAUGACUCUGCCUUAGAGUGUGAGCGUUCUGCAAAUUGGGAAAGUCUCGAGCAUGUCAGAAUUUUAUUGGUGAUGGAUAUAAACAAACAAAGCCGUGCUAUAGUGGGAUUUGCCUAAUAACUUGUCAUGAAAGCGUUAAAAAGGACCUCAAACUGCAGUGUUUCAAAUGGGGGCCCUACCAAAACUAUCAGUAGCCUCUGUGGUAGGUUGGUAAAUAUGCAGGAAUUACUAUAACUUAUCCGAUUCACUACUUACAAAAAAAAAAUGAAUUUUGCCCCAGUUUGCAGCUUUUCGUUGCCAGCCAAAAUAAUCUGCGAUUGCUACUUUCUGACAAAUUAAUGUUACCACCUCAUAUAAUAUAUCUCUCAUGUCAGUCUACCUAUGUAAUAUAUGUGUAUAAUUUAAUGUUUUGUGCCCUGUCAUUUUUAAUUAUGUCCAUUAUGUUAAUUAUGUUUUUGACUACACCAGAGCAGAGUUUUAUCAAUAUUCUUUGCACUUUUCCUGUCAUAAAUGCAGUCUUUUAAAAAAGGUUUAUAUAUUUAUUUUUUUAACGUCAAUUUAGUGCUUUUAUUUAUUUAUAAAAUAUUUUACCAGGAUGGAUACAUUGAGAUUUCUCUCGUUUUCAAGUAUGUCCUGGGUCCACAAAUCAUUGCAUUGUUACAUUAGGGUACAAUAAAAUACAAAAACAAUAUUAAUAAACAAUAUAUACAAAAUUUAACAGGUAGGAAAUAUAUAAUCAACCAUGACACGAGCAUUCUGUUUUGAAAUAUGUAGAGAGGGAUCUCUUAAAGGACUUUAGACCUGGGGAAGAUUUGAAAGUGUGCGGGAGGAGGUUCCAUAAUUGCAGCGCUCUGUAGGAGAAGGAGGAUCUAGCUGGUUUCUUUUUGUAUUGAGGUAGACUAAAUAAAGUGCUGGUACUGGAUCGGAGGUUAUAGGAGGUGGGAACAGCCGGGGAGAGCAUUUUGUUCAGGUAGGGUGGGAGCUUCCCAGAAAAGCUCUUAAACACAAGGCUGGAAAGAUGAAGGGUGCGUCUGGAUUCCAGCGACAGCCAGUUUAGUUCUUUUAGCAUGUCACAAUGGUGGGUCCUGUAAUUACAUUGUAGCACAAAUCGGCAGAACGAGUUAUACAAUGUAUUGAGUUUAUUAAGGUGGGUUUGCGGUGCAGGUGCAUAUACUACAUCCCCAUAAUCAACGAUUGGUAUCAGCAUUUGCUGUACAAUCUUUUCCUUUACUGUAGGGCUUAGGCAGGAUUUCUUUCUGUACACCUACGUCUUAUAACAGCACCUAUUAGAAAUUAGCAGAAUUCAUUGAUUACUUACACUAUUCAAAUAGCUCAUUAGAAAAUAAAAUAGAAUUUUAUUUUUUUAAACUAAUAGCAAAUAUUGAGAGGAGCACCUCAAAGUUGCUUGUUGCCCACACAAACCGGUAAAAUACAAAAACUUGGAACAAACGCAGGAAAAUCGCAAAUGGCAGAAUAAUGGGGCACAGCAAAUGUGUAAUUUAAAAUGACAACAGACGUCAGUUUUGGACCAUUUUUAAAACUCUUUAAUAAAGGCAAACAAAUUAUAGACCAAAAACAAGACAUUUUUCAGAUCACUUUGAUAAAUCUCUGUUUUCUUCAGUGUUUGUGCAUUGAGUGCCACUGCUAAAAGGACACUAUAAUUACCAGAACCACUAAAACUUAAUUUAGUGGUUCUGGGGCAUAAAGCCUGUCCUUGUAGGCUGGGCAUUGUAAACACUAAGUCCACCUCUAGGCUAUCCAAACUUUGGCAUCCUAUCAGUUCAUUGGGAUUGGGAGUCCAAAGAUUGAGCAAUUAGUGGAAGUCCUUAAGCCUUUAAUGGAUGUCACAGAGAACUUGAGGCGGAACCUGCCAGUUUUUAGUCCAGUUUAUCCCCUUGUUCACACACAUCUUAAGCAAAAUUUGAUGCCCUCAGAGCACCACAAAAUAGUUCCUGGUAGCACAACUACUUGAUGAUGUAGCCACACUUGAGGCUUAAGCAGAAGCAAAAAAGUCAUGAGUGACCAUAUCGAUAAAUACCUGUACUGAUGGUCUUAUUCAAAUAUUUUUAGUGAAGAUUUUUAAAAUAACAAUGUAAACCUUUACACAAUAAGAUGCAAUAAUAAUUAAUACAGAAAAUAAUUCAUCUCUUCUAAAGUUGUAUUUUUGUACAGAUUUAUAAAUAUACAAUUUUCUAUUCCAGAUACUUUUUGGUAGAUUUCUAUUCCUCUCCUGAUAUCAUCCCAAGUAUGUUGGAUCAUUUAUCUCGGGACAUUGAUGUUAUCAGACCUACUGUUUUGAAACAAGAGCCAAAAACACAAGAGGCACAGUGUCCGGGAAUUCUUCCAGUUGACAUCGAAGCUAAAUUCAAGCGCAGGAGGAAAUGAUAGUAUAUCGUAGAAUGUGAAUAAUGUAGCCAAAUAAAAAAUGUGUUAUUUUGUUUAAUAAAUGUACAUUUAUAAAGGUGCU